AUGCUCUUUUUACUGUGGUUCUGGAUAAGCGCCGUUUGGGCGUCGUGGGACGUUCUUGAGUGGGAUGACUCGGUACAAUCUUCAGAAAAUAAUAAUAGCUCCCUUCAUGCCAGAGAUGGCGCGCUUUUCGAUUCUGGGAUGAUCGAAGAGUGGACUCCCGUGAGCUCGACCAUUGUCGUGGGCCAGCGUGACUACUUCAACUUUCAGGUCAAUUCCAGCUACUCUCGCAUCAAGUCUAGCUCAGACAUGAUGGUGUUUCUCAGCGGGAACAUCGUCAACCAAUCGCGCCAACUAUUUAACUCUACAGAGAUGCAAUUGGCUGUUUACUACGCAUUUGAUGAGUCAGCCAUUUUGAAUCUAUCCGAAGCCUCUAGUCUUUCACUUUUCCAAGCGGGCUAUCUAGGGGCUCUGGCUCUCUUACCUCUAAGUCAGAACGAUAACACCACAGGCAUAACCAAUCUGUACCUGUCAAUUGGAGUCUACAAUACAACUUCUAAAUCACUCGCGGUCGCUUCUUCAAUAACUCAGGACCUGUUUUGGAACUAUACCAUCAGUGUGUCGCAAUACGACUUGGUGUUUCAAUGGGACACCAGGUCUUGGAUUGAGGUGGUUGAUUCUGACUACAACUCUGCCCUCCUGGUGACUGGAAAUGUUACUGAAACGAGCUCAGGUUCUAAUUAUUCCAUUUACGACACUGGACUGUACGACCUGUACCUAUAUUCCAGCGACGAUAUUAACUAUUUCGAUAAUUCGUUAACUAACUCUCUCUCUGCUAUACAGAAUGGACCAUAUCUGGCAACGUCGGCCAAGAACGUAAGCAUAGACGACGGGUCAGGUAUAAAGAACUCUUCAAUUCUGGCUAUUGACAAGUCCAUCUCUGUGCGCGAAGGCUCCGUGAAAGAGCAAUUUCACGUUACAGGAUUAAACUCCUCAACCACGUAUGCCGUAUACUUGACUAAGAAAAUCUCCGACAAAAUGCUUACACUAAGUUCCGCUGGUGGCGUUUUAUUCUCCAAAUCAACUUUAACUACAAUGCACGACGACUCGUGCUCUCUGAUUUUUGAUUUGGACUUCUGCGAUGGUGUUGCGUAUUCUGUUCCAACUUCAAGCUUAGCCCGGGGUAACAAGACUGCUAUUGCUCUCAUGUAUGACAAUAUCGCUGAAUCCUUAUAUGCAAACUUCAGUAAAGCCUUACAAAUUGUGCCUUGUGACACGGAGCAAGACGCAUUGUACACACCGCUGCGAUCCUGCGACGACUGUGCAGAAGCGUACAGAAAUUGGCUUUGCGCGGUGAGUAUACCGCGAUGUACCACAGUCGAAACGAGCUUUUACAUUCACAGAGAUAAAACGGAAAACAGAAACGACUACUUGAAUCAAGAAAUUCAACCGCUGAAUGAUUAUUAUGAAGUUUUACCUUGUAUUGAUAUGUGCCACAGUUUGGUUACUGAUUGCCCCCCGGAUUUUCAGUUCUCGUGUCCCAGCAAGUCUUACGAAACCGAUCUCAUGUACCAAAGCUAUAACGUUUUCGAAAAAGGUCAUCCUUUUGAUACAUGCAAUUUCGUUGGAUCAUCUCAAAAUCUGCAAAUUGUAGGGAGCUAA